AUGGUGGGAGAAGCGAGGAGGAAACGACGAGAACACCUUCCGAAGAAGAAGAAGGAGACGAAGAAGAGUCAGACUUUGUCUCUUUUCUCUCCAACGCUCGGUUUAUUUGAUGCGGCGGAAGAAGAAGGAAACGACACUAAUGUUUUCUUUACGAACACGAUUGAAAAUCCAGAGAGCGGAGUGACGUGCGAAGUUCUGGUGGACGCGAAGAGCGGGAUGGCGAAAGCUGGGAUAGAGCGCGACGAAGACGGCGAUUUUUUGUAUCAAGGAACGUACGACGAAAACGGGUUGAGAAGUGGAGAGAAGUGCGUAAUGGUUGGAAUCGGGGAUUCGGUGGUGUACGGGACGUUUAAAAACGGCGCGCCGAACGGAUGGUGCGUGUACGUGUAUCCGAAAAUCGCAGACGUGAGGAAAGCGUUGCUUUCGAAAGAGGACGGAAGAGCGAGAGAAAACGGGAUGAAAAACUUGAUCAAGGAGUGCGAUUACGUCGUUGGGUAUUUUAGGGACGGGUACGUGCCGUACUUUGACCGGGACAAGAAAGCACAGACGGGCGACGAAGACGUGUGGUAUCGAAACGCGAGCGACGAUAGAGUGGAAAUGACCUUGGACGAAGAAAUGACUGCCAUUUUAGAGUGCCUCAGUUGGACGAAAAAGACGCACGGCUUUGAGGAUAAAAGCACGUAUGAGAAGCUGCGUUGGGUGACGAUGGAGGAAAUAGAAACGAAGAUGAAGGGUAGACGGAAAUGGAUUUGUCCAUUCGAGGCGAAUUCGUGUGGGUACCACAAAGUAGGCAUCGACGACGAGGGACGUUCCGAGACAAACUUCGUGUCCAUUUACGGAUGCAAAGAAGGUGAACUCGUUGCUAUUUACUCGAGUUUUCCGGCAGAGGUGAAAUGCUUUAAAGGACUUGCGAGAAGGUGGGAUCUCAGAGAUGAAAUAGCGGCUUUGGACGAUUUAUCGGAUGAGGAGGACGAGAACUUUUCUCGAAAAGACGAAGUACGAGGGCAAAAAAUCGACGCAGAGAAGCGUGGUAGGGGAGGGCGAUUUCUUCUGUGCGGUAUGACUUACGAUGGAAGGUAUCGAGCCACGUGUACCACCUACGGAACGGAUGCAGCAGUACACGUAAAAGAAGAGUAUAACUGCGAGCGAGUACCUCUUUAUCACUGGAAGAUGAUCGGGAGUGACUAUUGUUUGUGUUUGCGAGCGCUGAGAGAUAUCAAAGCGAACGAACGCAUAUCAGUUGGACCAGAUUAUACCGGUGGUUGGCGGCUGAAUCCUUACUCCGAGGCUGGCUAUUACCAUCAUCUCAUGAACACUCCAGAAAAAAUCGUAUUUGAAUCGACAAAGCCGACGAAGAGGAGAGGAGGAGAAGUCACGAAGAAAGCGCGGAAGGCAAAGAAUGAUGACAACGAAGAAGAGAACAUAUCGAACGUUAAAAUAAAGCGUCACGGUCCGUGGCUUUGCGCAUACAUCGAUAACGUCGAGCAAGGAUUAUUGUACGACUCGAAUUGGAGAGAAAGCGAUGAGGAUGAGGACGGCGAAGGAAAAAACAACGCUACAAAAAUUGCUCGCAUCGAUCGAAGCGUCGUUGGUUUUGAAUACAUUCGCGCGAUGGCAACCAUCGCUAUCGCAUUCGGAUGCGCAUCAGACCAUAGCUGGCUCGUACCGAUUUUGUGUCCUAAACGAUACAAGGAGAUGUGCGAUCCAUUAUUUAACGGAUUUUUAGAGAAGGUUCGCAUUUUAAACUUGGGAUUUGGUACCGGCGCACUUUCCGGGUUUCUCUGCUCCAAAUUGAACUCCGAAUAUGAACAGAGAAUUGAUCUCGAAAGCGUGGAGUACUCGAAACCAAUGUGUGACGUGAUUCUGAGGAAUUCGAAGACUCUCGAGUUCCCGCGGUUUCCAAACGAAACCAUACACGAGUGCUCGGCGGAACGCUACCUCGAAGAAGAAUUGGAACGACUUUCAUCAAAAGGAUACCAUCGCCUGAAUAAACAAGGCUUUAGUUGCGUUUUUCUCGAUUGCUACGACGGUCAAGGUCUCAUCCCAAAGCGAUGCUUGGAGAAAUCUUUCAUUCAAAACAUUUACGAUUGUUUAGAGAAAACUCGCGGCGGGAUUCUCGUGUGUAACUGCUGGUCGGGCAAUCUCAAAGCUUUGGCGGAAUUCCGCGAGACGCUCUCCUCCGUUUUCAACUACGCAUCGAGCGAGUCCACGGAUGAAAACUGGGUCGAAUCCGUCCAAAUCUUCAAAGAACCGAGCGGCCAAACCAACAACUGCGUCGUCGUCGCCAGCCGUCGCGUUUUGACGAGGGAGUCCGAGAUAAGCCGAAAAGAGGGAGAAGAAGAAAAUAUCCUCGAGUUUUUACGGCUCAAAUUUCCAUUCGGAGGAAUUCCCUUUGGCCUCUCCUCGGGAAAGUCGUUGUUCGACGCCAGCCGUGAUCUCAGUGUCAGUCAUUUAGGAAAGUUAGAAGAGUUCACGUUUAGUUUUAGCGGAGUCGAGUAUUGA